CGGGGCGUGCUUCGGCGCUGAGCCGGAGAAACUUGAGUCGACUGACCCGCCCACGGUGCCCGAAGCCCCAAAGGCUGGGAUUAGGGGCUAGAAGUCUGGCACCGACCGCCUGGCCAGGUGUUCGGGACAGGACUAGGUGGGCGACCGCCCCGCCCCGGGAGCGCGGCUUAAUAGCUGAGAGCCCGGGGGCCAGGCCGCGGCUGCGACCCAGGCAACGCCCUGAGGGCGGACACGCUACCAGGUGUUCCACUCCCCUGGGACGGUGGGCAAGGGCCCGGGACGGGGAGGGCGGCAGGUGCUGACACUGGAGCUGCGCCGGAGGUCGGGGAACUCGGCCUCCUCGGACAGAUGACACUCGCCUGCUGGGCCGGCCGAGCUGUGCGGUGCCCUCCAGGACGCAGGGGGCGCUGCAGCCUCGCUGGGUCAGGCUCCGCAGGGCCCCGCCAACCUGGUGACUAACGGCGCCGGUGACGACUUCGCCGCGCGUCGCUCAGCCAUGGCCACCGCUCUCGCGCUGCGUAGCUUGUAUCGAGCGCGACCCUCGUUGCGCUGUCCGCCCGUUGAGCUUCUCUGGGCCCCGCGGCGCGGGCAUCGACUCUCGCCGGCGGAUGACGAGCUGUAUCAGCGGACUCACAUCUCUCUGCUACAACGCGAGGCCGCUCAGGCCACGUACAUCGACAGCUACAACAGCCGCGGCUUCAUGAUAAACGGAAACCGCGUGCUCGGGCCCUGCGCUCUGCUCCCGCACUCGGUGGUGCAAUGGAACGUGGGAUCCCACCAGGACAUCACCGAAGAGAGCUUUUCCCUCUUCUGGAUGCUGGAGCCCCGGAUAGAGAUUGUUGUGGUGGGGACUGGAGACCGGACCGAGAGGCUGCAGUCCCAGGUGCUUCAAGCCAUGAGGCAGCGGGGCAUUGCUGUGGAAGUGCAGGACACGCCCAAUGCCUGUGCCACCUUCAACUUCCUGUGUCAUGAAGGCCGAGUAACUGGAGCUGCUCUCAUCCCUCCACCAGGAGGGACUUCACUCAAACCUUUGGGCCAAGCUGCUCAAUGAACCACCGUGAACUGUCCUGCUGACUGCACUCUGCCAGGCUUCCCGAUGGUUGCACUCUUAUCUACCCUUUGGCACUUAACCUUGCUUAUCAACAUAAUAAUUUAUACACUUCCCCAUUUU